CUGAACCAAAUGUUGCCUUGUUUAGGACCGGGCGCCCAGCCGAACCUGCAGCGCUUGAUAUCUGCUGUCCAAACCACUUUUGCAGCGCGACUAAGCUCGCUCAGCGGGGCUGCUCUGGUGCAGGCUGACGCGGCGACACCUGCUUUGCCUGGGCACACGAGGCUGAACCUGUGUAACGCUGUCAAUGACGCGCUCAAGAUAGCGCUGGAAAGCAAUGACAGGACCUACGUGUUUGGCGAGGACGUCUCCUUUGGCGGGGUCUUCCGCUGCACCGUCGGCCUCCUCGAGCGAUUCGGGAAAGAGCGCGUUUUCAACACACCGCUCAGCGAGCAGGGCAUCGUGGGCUUUGGCAUCGGCCUGGCCACUGCCGGCCACACAGCGGUGGCGGAGAUCCAGUUCGCAGACUACAUAUUCCCGGCCUUUGACCAGCUGGUCAACGAGGCCGCCAAGUACCGGUACCGCAGUGGCGGCCACUUCCACUGCGGCGGCCUCACAGUACGGGCGCCCUGCGGCGCGGUGGGCCACGGCGGCCACUACCACAGCCAGAGCCCAGAGUCGUUCUUCACACACGUACCGGGUCUGCGAGUGGUCAUGCCCAGCAGCCCGGCCGAGGCCAAAGGCCUGCUGCUGGCUUCCAUCCGGUCUCCGGACCCGGUCGUGUUCUUUGAGCCCAAGAUGAUGUACCGGACGGCGGUGGAGGACGUGCCCGAGGGCGACUACAUGCUUCCACUGGGUGUGGCCCGGCUGGUGGCGGAGGGCAGUGACAUCACUCUGGUGGGCUGGGGGCAGCAGGUUCUGGUGCUCCAGCAGGCGGCUCAGCUGCUGGCGGGCGAGGGCGUCAGCUGCGAGGUCAUCGACCUGCGCACACUGGCGCCCUGGGACGUGGAGAGUGUGUGUGCCUCCGUGAGCAAGACCGGCCGCCUGGUGGUCAGUCACGAGGCGCCGGUCACAGGCGGCUUCGGCGCGGAGGUGGCAGCAACCGUGGCGCAGAGGUGCUUCACGCGGCUGGAGUCCCCGCCGCUGCGUGUGUGCGGCGCCGACACGCCCUUCCCCCUGGUGUUCGAGCCGCUCUACCUGCCGGGCGUGGCGCGCGUGGCGGACGCAGUGAGGCAGGCGCUGGACUUCUGAGGAGCGGUGGGGCAGGCGGAAGCUGGAGGGGAGGCGGAGGCUGGAGGGGGAGGCGGAGGCUGGAGGAGGCCGGGGAGAUGACGGCGAGGGCGGCAGUGGGACUCCCUGGGUGUGAGGGCGGCCGCGAGAGCGGCGGGGGUGCGCACGCGGCGGCACGGUUGCGCCACCAGCGCUGUUCGCACAAGUAGCACAUGUAUGAAGGGGCAUUGUGUAUGCCACACAGGAUGCUUCUCCUGCAUUGUACCAUCCAGUGUAUUUCAAGUGUACCAUGUUUUGUAAAGUUUUAUCGCUGUAAAGUAUGCCUGGCUGCCAGGGCGUUCGCCCUUUCGGCGGGGCUGUGUUGGCGCGUGUCGACGUGGUUGGGUUGGUUGUCGGUUCAGGUUGAAGUUGGUUUGGGGCGGUACAUGGUGAGCGGAUCAGGGAAAUUUCACAAAUUUGAGACCUUAGUCGCAUACGAAAGCUGAAGGAGACAAGGGGGUGAGCCAGGAGGCGGAGUCGGGGAGGCGCGACGCCACCGUGCUGGCUGAGUCGCCCCAAAUGCGCCAAACUCAUAAAUACCCUACUCAUAAAUAAUAAGCUCAAAUCCAAAAGAGCAGUAAAAUAAAGGGGGCCGGUCUUAGGAUCGCACGGAUCGGGCGCCGCGAUGGGAACCGCAGCGGCCACAAAAGCUCGCCGCCGCGCCGGCAUCGCUCCUUUUCCGCCUGUGCGUGAGCGGGCGGGCCAUAAGGCUGUACUGCGGCGGCUGCUGAGCCGGCAAGCAUGUGUGUUGGUGGCUGUGGGCCAUGCGUGCUAGACAGGUGGUGCGGAAUAGCGCGGCGGCUGUGGAGAAUUCUUCGCUCCUGCGCCUGUCUACUGAUGGGGGGACGUGGCCGUUGCAGGUGCUUACGUAGAUGGCUCAGCAGCUUGAGUCGCGCUAGGAUGCGUGAGUUGGAUGUCUAGGACGUGGACAUGGCCGUGACGUGCACCAUUGUUGGUGCGCGUGCACCGAGCCCGAUGAUGGCCCCAGGCCUGAGGGACAUGCGUGAUACUAGUAG